CAGGUCAGCUCAAACAUGGAGAAAGGAGCAGGGAGACAAAGAGGAGGUGAAGAGGAGGAGAUUCUAGAGGUGGAGGAGACAGGUGCAGCAGGGCAGUGGAGGGAAACGGAGGUGCUGGCUCUUCUGUCAGUGUGGGGGGAGCUGGGAGCAGCUCAGAAUUCAGGUGUACGCAGUAGAGCCACAUUUGAAUGCAUCUCAGAGCAGCUGAAAAGGCUGAGCGUGCUGCGUGGCUGGAGGGAGUGCCAGGCCCAGUGCAGGAGGCUGGGACUUCAGGGCAGGAAGGCUGAACAGCCAGGCACAUCCACCAACUACAGCCAGGGGGAAGCAGCCAUGAUGGACACCCAAAUGAACCAAAGUGACUGGGAAGAAAAGGAGGAUCUUACCAGUGAGAAAGAGGCUCACUCUUCCUCAGUCAUAAUACAGGAAGGAGGCCUGUGUCAGAUUCUUCACGAGGCUCUCCCUUAUGCCCAAUACGUAGGCCGCCAUUGGACAGAUGAGGAGGUGCGAGCUCUGCUUUGUGUCUGGUCUGACCGCCACGUCCGCCAACGCCUCAAAGGAACGCUACGCAACAAGGCCAUCUUCCAGGAGAUGGCCCGCUGCAUGCAGAGGGGCUUCGGAGUGGUGCGCAACUGGAAACAAUGCCGCACUAAAUACAAGAACCUCAAGUAUGAGUACAAGACAGCCAAGAGUGCCCAGGACGCUGCAGGCAGCAGUGGAAGUGGCCCAGGAAGGUACAUGAAGUUCUUUGAUGAGGUAGAGGCCAUAGUGCUGGACAGGGGAUUUGAAGGGUGCCAGGAUAUGCAGAGAGGACCUGAAGGGGACCAGGGAGCUGGGAGGCUGGGCCCUCUUGAAGGCAAGACUCAGUCUAAAGAACCUGAAGGAGACCUGGUCAUUGAGAUAGACGAUGAUGACAACAGUGACGAUUAUGAGCUAGACACAGACCAAAACCAAAGGGAAUCAGGAGUCCAUCUAUCACCAUUGGAUCAAUCUAGCUCCGAGCAGUUCCACGUGGUAACGGUGUCUGACACAGGCCGGAACUGGAGUGACCAGGAGGUGCAUGCUCUGAUCCAGGUGUGGUCGGAGGAGGGUGUGUGCAGGCAGCUGGAGAGCUCCACCAGGAAGAGGGAUAUCUUUGUGCAGAUCUCCUGCCGGCUACUGCAGCAGGGGGUGGAGCGUGACUGGAAGCAGUGUCACACCAAAUACAAGAACCUCAAGUACCUGUAUCGCUCCCUACAGAGGGGCAGGGCUGACAGCACAGACCCACGCCAUCUCAUGAGGUUCUAUGAUGAGGUGGAUGCCAUUUUGACCAGGUCUGAUAGUGGACCUGCCAUGGGAUAUGAGGAACAAGCAGAGGCUGGCGCCAUUUUGGCUGGGGCCAUGGUGGGGUAUGAGGAUGACACAGGUGCCAUGACUUGUCCAGUUAACUCUUACACAGCUCAAAGUCAUGAGGUUAUCCCAAAGAAUGAGGACAAACAAACACACACAGACAAUUCUGAUACCGAUAAAAGACAGGAUCUGACUGCAAAAAGAGGACUGAAAAGGAAAGCAUUGAUUCAAGAUACCUGUAGAAUUGUGAAGAAAAAUGAUACUGGGAGCAGCUGUGCUGAGAGUAUUGAUUUCCAGUGCAAAUUGGAGGAGGAACAAAACAUUCCCAUUACAGAGAUCAACUCAGUCUACUCAAUGGCAGCCUCUGUCCGACAAAAACAGAAAAUCAGUCGUGACUCCUGCAGCACAUUUCUCUUUCUGCGCCGAAUCCACGAGUUGCAGAUUUUUAGAUUAUCUACCAACAUGGCACCUGCAUCAGUGCUGAAACUUGGACAGAAACUAAAUGAGGGAAAGACCAAGCAGAUAUUCGAGCUCGUGGAUGAGCCAGGCCAUGUUCUGGUCCAGUCCAAGGACCAAAUCACCGCCGGGAAUGCGGUGAGGAAGGACCAGAUGGAGGGUAAGGCCGCGAUCGCAAACAGAACCACGAGCUGUGUUUUCAAGCUACUGCAGGAAGCGGGCAUUAAGACAGCCUUUGUAAGGCAACAGUCGGAGACUGCGUUCGUGGCGGCCCACUGUGAGAUGAUCCCCAUUGAGUGGGUCUGCCGGCGGGUGGCUACUGGAUCCUUCCUGAAGAGGAACCCAGGCGUCAAGGAGGGCUACAGGUUCUCCCCUCUGAAAAUGGAGAUGUUCUUCAAGGAUGAUGCCAACAAUGACCCUCAGUGGUCGGAGGAGCAGCUGCUGGAGACUAAGUUCUCUCUGGCUGGGCUCAACAUUGGCCGCUGUGAGGUGGACAUCAUGAACCGCAGCACUGUUGCCAUCUUUGAGGUUCUGGAGAGGGCCUGGGCCACCCAGAACUGCACACUGGUGGACAUGAAGAUUGAGUUUGGUGUGAAUGUCCGCACCAAAGAAAUUGUGCUUGCUGAUGUGAUUGACAAUGAUUCCUGGAGGCUGUGGCCUGCGGGAGAUCGGAGUCAGCAGAAAGACAAACAGGUGUACCGGGACCUGAAGGAGGUGACUCCUGAGGCCAUGCAGAUGGUGAAGAAAAACUUUGAGUGGGUCUCUGAAAGAGUGAAGCUUCUGCUGGAGCCCAAGGCCUGUGGCAGAGUGGUGGUUCUGAUGGGCUCCACCUCUGACCUAGCCCACUGUGAGAAGAUCAGGAAGGCCUGUGGCUCCUACGGAAUCCACUGUGUCCUCCGAGUCACCUCUGCACACAAAGGACCAGACGAGACUCUUCGCAUCAAAGCUGAAUACGAAGGAGACGGAGUACCGACUGUGUUUGUGGCUGUGGCGGGCAGAAGCAAUGGCCUUGGUCCAGUGAUGUCAGGAAACACCGCCUACCCAGUCAUCAAUUGCCCUCCUAUCACUCCUGACUGGGGGGCACAGGACAUCUGGUCAUCUCUUCGCAUGCCCAGCGGUCUUGGCUGCUCCACAGUCCUCUCCCCUGACGCUGCAGCCCAGUUUGCAGCUCAGAUCUUUGGGCUCAGUGACCACCUGGUGUGGUCCAAACUGCGGGCCUCCAUGCUCAACACCUGGGUGUCUCUGAAGCAGGCUGACAAGAAGCUGCAGGCCUGUAGCCUGUAAGGAGCCACCUGUACUGUACCAUUCCAAUCCCUGUCAGAGCUCUCUAAGAUGGGCAUUGUGAAGGGUCACUGCUUGGCUGUGUCAUGUCUAAAAUAUUUACCAUGUAAAAUCAGCCCUACAACACAUUUCUCUAAUCAUUCCCUUAAUAAAGUGAUUCAUGUGUAUAAA